ACUCUUUGCAGCAGUAACAAAUAGUAUUCUUUCAUCACAUUAUUUUAAAAUUUAAAUUCCAGCACUGAAAUUUUUGUUUGUGGCGAUUAAAUAUUAUAUGAUUAUUUUUUUAAACAAUGAAUAAGAUAAGCUAUUUAAUCAAGUCAAUAUCUAGAAUAUAUCCAAAUUGUAAUAAUAUAGGAUAUAUUCCAAGUAGAUCUAUUCAACUAACGAAAGUUCAGAAUCUAUAUACUCCAUCUGCAAUAGGCAUUGAUGGUUAUUUGCAUACCCGCAGAAGAAUAAAAGAGCAGUUUGCAAAUUUUUCUGAUAAAUUUAGAAGUAAAAUGGAAGAUUUUGUUAAGGACCCUAAACAGAUGAUAUUUACUGAAGACCUUAAAAAUAUGGUUCAUAUGGCAGAGCCAACGGAUAUACAACUGGUGCUUGAUAUGGUAAAAAAGUUUAAUACACAAAAGACUGAGUUUCGAUUUGGUUCAUUUGUAUUUGGUCCUGUUGUUAUGCGAAUGUUUUAUUUCCUGGAGGCACCAAAUGAAGCAUUGCAGUGUUUUAAAGAUCCUGACAACAAGGGUUUCUUUGAUCAGUUGGUGAGCUACCAAAUACUGCUAGAUCUACUUUACAACCAGGAGAGAUAUGAUGACAUGUAUGAAAUAUUUGAAGUGGUCAAAGAGCGCCAAAUUAAUAUGACAAAGUAUCCAAAGUACCCAGUUAUAUUGAUCCUGGCAGCAUGUUACAAACAGAACACCUCAAGUAGCUACGAGUACGCAAAAAAAUUGUGGACGGAAAUGGCUGACGCGGGCUCAUCACCCUUGAGGAGAGCGUGUACUUUCAUGGCUGGGUUGGCUUUAAAGCAAGGUGAUCCGAAGGUGGCGUUAGAGACGGUAGCAUUACAUUCACCACAUUACAUCACCAUCAGGAAUAUACGAGCAAUAGCUCUGGCACAAAUAGGCAGGGUGGAAGAGACUCUGCCAAUUCUGAAGAAUGUCAUAGAUAUUGAUGUCCCAAAUAAUAAUGAGAGACACACAUUCUUCUCAGAAACGAUAGACACCUUACGGAGUGCAGUGGUAGAGUUAAAUAAUAAGGACAUCGAGAAGGAAUUCGAAACUAUUGUGAAAGCGUUGAAGGAACGAACCCUCAUCGACGAUCAGACUAUAGAUAAACUGAUAACGAGUGAUAUAACAAUGAAUGUGAACAAACAACAAAACAGAUUGCCCCGGAUGCCGUACAAACAGAGGCCAUUCAGGAAAACCAUGUCUUGAUUGUAAUAAGUGCUCGAAAUAAGUUGUAGUGUAAAUAAAACAUGCGAAUGAUUGAAUGUAUGUUAAAGAUUGUGUAUUAAAUUGGUUCGUGAUGUUUUU